AUGUCUUCAGGCACAGAUCGGCAAAAGGAAUCAGACGAUAUGAGUGGUGAUAAGAAUCAAAACCUCUAUGACAAAAGCAAUGGCAACCAUGAGAUGUUGAGCUUUAACGAUAAUUAUGCAAUGAUUUUGCAAAAAUUGGCCAAUGAUAAUUCACACCUUUUAACUCAAGAUCUUAAUCUAAAUUCGAUGGGGGUAGGUCCUAGUACUAGCGAUAAUAAUAAUGACAAUAGUAAUAACAGCAACAAUGGUAAUAGUGCUAACUUUCCCAGUACACGACCCUCUGAUAUUGGUAACAGUGGUAAUGGUGGUGAUAGACAAAAUUUAGAUGCUCUUUUACAGCAUUACCAAAGCCUAUUGACAAGGUCUGCUUCGCAGUACCCAGAAUCCAGUGCAGGCGCUUCAGUUGGGGAAAAUAACAAUAAUAUUAACAAUCGUAAUAAUUGCAGUAACAAUACAGUUGAGAAUAAUGUCAGCGGGAACAGUGUAAAAAACAGUGAGGCCGAUACAAGUGGGAAGGUUGACAGUAACAACAAUACUAGUACUAAUAACAAUAACAAUGGCAACAACAACAGCCACAACACUACUACUUCCAAUAAUGCUCAUAAUAGUAAUAAUAAGUCAAUGAUUACAGAAAGGCCCUGCGAUCAUUGCCGUCGAAGACAGACAAAAUGUGUAUUAGUACCAGAUUUAGCAGAUUGUGUUCAAUGUGAGACUAAAGGUAUUAAAUGUACGUUUUCAGAUCUUCCUAACAAUGUGAAUAAAUUUAUGGGAGUCGCAGACACGAUGAAUCCUAAUGGCAAGCAUCAGAGGCAAGAUAAUGGCGUCGAUUUAGAAGGACUUUUGAAGAGGGCGAAGAUAAAUAAUAAUGAUAAUGUGGCACAGUACUAUGCAGAACUUUUACAGAAUUUACAUGAGUCCAUGAAUAAUAAUAAUAACAAUAACAACAACGGUAGCAGUAGUAUUCACGCCAGUGCUGCUUCCUCGGCACCAACUCCAACUACAAUGCACAAUAAUGGUUUUGUGAAUAUGCUACAACAAGGACAACAACAGCAGCAACCGCCUGUAUCACUGCCACCACAGCAACAACCUCCACCCUUCCCAUCACAGCCUAGUGGUCAAUACCCUAGAUCUUCAUUGUACGUGGGUCCAACAUCCUCAUACGAUUUGAACUUGAUUAACCAUAUCAAGCUGGACAAUAUCGAUCAAAUCCAAUUAUUACCUUCGGUUUCCUUAAGGAAAGUAGCACCAGAUGUCUUGUUUGUGCUUAGAGAUAAUUUUAAUGAACAAGCUUUCUUAAAGCAAGAACAGGAAGUUGAUAUGGUAGAACGAUUGGUUUAUCCGCAUGGUAAAGUUCUAAUUGACAUUUUUUUCAAAUUGAUUCAUCCGUGUUUCCCAAUUUUACAUGAAAGGGUGUUUUUGGAAAAGUACUCAAGAUCUUACAGAGAGUUAACAGCCCCACUACUGGCAUCAAUAUAUUCCCUAUCAAUUCAGUGGUGGGAUUUUCAUCCAAAACUAAUUGGAUUCGCUAAGCCCGAUGUGGUGGAACAAUUAAAUGAAAUAGCGUAUCGAACCUUUUUUCAAAUGAUCGAAAGACCCAAAUUAAGUAUAGUACAAACUGGGUUACUCAUGUUACAAUGUCGUAGUGAAUAUCCAAAUAACUGGGUUCUAUGUUCAGCACUUGUGGCUUUAUGUGAAGAACUCGGAUUAGGUAUCGAUUGUCAAGAUUGGAGACUUCCCAGGUGGGAAAGAGGACUGCGAAGAAGAUUAGCAUGGGCCGUAUGGACACAAGAAAAAUGGACUGCCCUUGUUGAAUCUCGUAAUUCUCACUUGAUUUUGGGCAGGAAUUGGAUGGUUAAGCUAUUGACAGAAGAGGAUUUUCCUCAAAAUUCUCCCGUCAUUAGCGGCUCCCAAGAUACCACGUCUAGAAAUAGUAUGGGACCAGAGAAUUCUAUGGGUAACAUAUCUUUGAUAGAUAUGUCCCCAACUGAUGAAGAUUUUGUUUCCGGAAAUCUAAUGUUUCAACAGUUGGUGUCCCUAACAGUAAUUUUGGGUGAAAUUAUGGACACUUUUUACACUGAAGGUGCUACAAAGAUAACAACUAGAAUCGAACAAGUGCUCAAAUUAGCUAAACCAUUACAGUUAAAAUUAAGAGAGUGGUACCACUCCUUACCGCCACAAUUAUCAAUGAACAAAUUCGUACCGCGGAAAUUUAAUCCUAAUGCCACUUUAACUUUAGCAUAUUUCGCUGCGGAGAUAACUUUGCAUCGAAAGAUAAUUUCUACUUUAAAGCAAGACACCCCAAAGGAACUCGUUCAAGUCUGUCGAACGGCCGCCAAGACAAGAUUGGUAGCUGCUAUUGAAUUCGUCAGAGACUUGAAAAGUGAACACAUUAAUGCAUUCUGGUACACAUGUUCUACGGGCAAUCUCAUGCUAAUAGCCAUUUUUGCAGCUUUGCUUUACGUGACAGCACAGACUAGAGAUGAAGCAGUAGUUGUAAGAGAUUAUCUGCGCAAUUACAUCUGGAUCCUAAGAGUAGGAUCUAAGUCAUUUGACAAAUCGGGUCAUGCUCUUAAAAGUAUCCACGUAUUACUCUCUCAAAUUCCAGGAUUGUUGACCGAUGAGUUACCUAGAGAGUUUGUGCCCACGAGGUCACAAUCCCCCAUGUAUCCAGCUUCACAGCAGUGGAAAGUCCCUCCGAUGAUGACGGGACCCUCAAGCAUGGAUUCACAACAAAUAUCACCAAAUUUAAGCCAGUUAAGGAGUGUACCUACCGAAAUUUUACAAAACUUAAGUGGUCUACCGGGUGAUUCACCUCGAUUCCCCAUGAACAGAAGCACCGCACAGAGUUCCCCUGUUAAUAUAAGUGGUGAUGUUAACGGAAGUGGUGGUUCUAACACUUACGGCAGUGGUAACGAAAGUGAACAUAGCAUAAAGGCUUCAAUGGAUCAAUCGAAUUCUUCUCCCAAAGAUGGUCAAUUAACCUCCAAGGAAGAAUCAGUAGACACCGAACAUCCAAGCCCUGAUCCUAUCAUGAACACUUCUUCAGUUGGCGGUGUUGAUAGGAAUUUAAUCGAUCCCUCCACAUUAACUCAAAAUCCAAGAGGAAAGCCUAUAACUCCCCAAAGCGUGAAUGGUAACAAUGAAGCAAAGGAUAAUGCCCCUGCAUCAAAUGCUGACGCUCUUGAUAAAUCCACUACAUCAGGAGGUGGUUCUAGCGUUUCCCCAUCUUCCAUUCAUGGUAAGGAAGACACGCACAAUGCCUCUAAUGAAGAUUUAAAUGAAUCAUCACCAAAAAAUCUAGAUCUUGAGAAUAAGGAUUGA